AGGGCAAGGGUUGGUGGUGUUUGACAAUCACAUACUGCAACUUUUCCAGAUCGAACUGCUUCCCUUCUCGUUUUUACUAGGUGAUUCAUGGCUGCCUAGCCAAAUUACCAGAAUACCCCCUCAUACUGAUUUCGUCAUAAUCGGCGGCUCAGAUCUUGGUUAUGAACGUGCUUUACCAUUCUGGAAAUUAGAGAUUAAGACCUUUCCAACGCGUAUAAGCUCAUUUCUAUAAGUUACCUGUGAGCACGCAAUGAUCCGUUGAGGUCGUCAGACUUAAUCUCUAAUUAGUUCUCUCCAGA